GGGCGACUUUGAGAUGACAUUGAGGCUGUGUAGAUGGGAGUUGAGUCUCUGGUUGUUGAUGUUAGACAGUCGCACAAGGCGAAGCGGCUGCUGCCCGUGUUAAUUCAACCUCCUCCUCUCUCUUUCUGUCUUCUCCUCUUCCUCCUCCUUCUUCAUCCUUCUGGUCUUCAGCACUGCUCCCCGCUGGACAGCUCCCGCUUGGACCCCACGAACGCCGCAUGGUACCCUUUAAUGUCUUUUAAUGGAAGUAAAAUCUAUUUAUGUUUCAAGACACACCGGGAGUUUACAACUUGACCCGCGGGAGGAAUCUUCGGAUCCCUCGUUUGGAGAUUUGUGGCAGUCAGCGGAGGCUCGGCGGUGCGGAUCCCAGAUUCACUGUAAACAUUUUUCCUGCGCCCUCAAACAACCAAUCACUCUAUCCACGAUCUUAGGUUGACAACGACUGACCAGUCGUGUUCGCACAGGCUCCAUCUCCAGACAUUUGGUCCGAAGGUUUAGUUGUAGAAAAAAAGAGGGGGGAAAACAAAAACCGCGAAGCUGCUGUCUACGUGGACCGGUGCUGAAGCCUCCCGUCCGACUGCCAGGACCUUUGCCAAAUCUAGAGACAUGGCGACGAACGGCACCAAAGCGGAUGGACAGGUCACGGAACUGAACGAGGUGGCCGCCAACAACGACAAGCCCAAGUCCCUGGACGUGAAGACCGAGAAGAAGCAGAAAGACCUCCCCGACAGAGAAACAUGGGGAGGAAAAUUUGAUUUCCUCCUGUCUUGUGUGGGUUAUGCAAUUGGACUGGGGAACGUGUGGAGAUUUCCCUAUCUCUGCGGGAAAAACGGCGGAGGAGCCUUCUUGAUCCCAUAUUUUCUGACUCUCAUAUUUGCUGGGGUCCCUUUGUUCCUACUGGAAUGCUCUCUUGGUCAGUACACCUCAAUUGGAGGGCUUGGUGUGUGGAAACUGGCUCCUAUGUUCAAAGGUGUGGGCCUUGCUGCAGCUGUCCUCUCCUUCUGGCUUAACAUCUACUACAUUGUAAUCAUUGCUUGGGCCAUUUACUACCUGUACAACUCAUUUACCACUGAUCUUCCUUGGAGCUCAUGUCACAAUAUAUGGAACACAGAAAAGUGUUACACAAACUACUCCAUUCCAGAUACCACCAAUCUCACCAGCGCUGUUGUUGAGUUUUGGGAGCGCAAUGUGCAUCAAAUGACUGAUGGCUUGGAAAAACCAGGCCAACUCCGAGUGCCAUUGGCAGUAACACUGGCCAUCGCCUGGGUCCUUGUGUACUUCUGUAUUUGGAAAGGGGUUAGCUGGACAGGGAAGGUUGUUUACUUCUCGGCUACGUACCCCUACUUUAUGCUGUUUAUUCUCUUCAUACGUGGGGUGACCCUACCUGGAGCCAGAGACGGAAUCUUGUUCUAUAUCACUCCUGACUUUGAAAAGCUAAAGGAAUCUGAGGUAUGGCUGGAUGCAGCUACGCAGAUCUUUUUUUCCUAUGGACUGGGGCUGGGGUCGCUUAUAGCUCUGGGUAGCUACAACACGUUCAAUAACAAUGUUUACAGAGACUCUAUCAUUGUGUGUUGCAUCAACUCAUGCACCAGCAUGUUUGCUGGCUUCGUAAUCUUUUCCAUUGUUGGCUUCAUGGCGCAUGUGACUAAGAGAGACAUUGCGGACGUAGCAGCCUCAGGUCCUGGCUUAGCUUUCCUUGCAUAUCCAGAGGCUGUAACCCAGUUGCCCGUAUCACCUCUGUGGGCCAUUUUGUUCUUCUCCAUGCUGCUCAUGCUGGGGAUAGACAGUCAGUUCUGCACCGUCGAAGGCUUCAUUACCGCCCUGGUGGACGAGUUUCCCAGAGCUCUUCGAGGCAGACGAGAGAUCUUCAUCGCCGUUGUCUGCCUCGUGUCCUAUGUGAUUGGACUUUCAAACAUCACACAGGGUGGAAUCUAUGUGUUCAAACUGUUCGACUACUACUCCGCCAGUGGGAUGUGUCUGCUGUUCUUGGUCUUCUUUGAGUGCAUCUCCAUAUCUUGGUGUUAUGGUGUGAACAAGUUUUACGACAACAUCGAGGAGAUGAUUGGCUACAAACCCUGUAUAUGGUGGAAAUUGUGCUGGGUCGUGUUCACCCCUCUUAUUGUCGGUGGAGUGUUCUUGUUCAGCGCCGUACAAAUGGUUCCCCUCACGAUGGGAGACUAUGUGUUCCCAAGCUGGGGUCAGGGAGUGGGAUGGCUCAUGGCUCUGUCCUCCAUGGUUCUCAUACCAGGAUACAUGGUCUACAUGUAUCUCGGGCUCAAGGGCACUUACAAGGAGCGACUUCGAAUAAUGUUCCAGCCUCCCAAAGUUGUCAGGAAAUGUCAGGAGAAUGGACCUGAACAGCAAGUGGAAACCAACACUGCCAACCUCUCCAGCCCUGCCAAUCCUACCAACCCUGCUAGCGCCACUAACCCAGCUCCCGUGAACCCAGCCAGCCCGACCAGCACGGCUCCUGUAAACUCAACCAGCCCUGUAACACCUGCCAACCCGGCUCCUCCGCCAGCAAACCCAGCCUCGGCUUCUAGCCCGGUAAAUCCGACGACGAGUCCCGCUGCCACUAUUACCACCACUGUCACUACAACCAGUCCGGUUAACCCGACUGUCAAAACUGUUAGCCCAACCAGCCCAGCUCCUAACCCAACUAGCCCAAUAGAGCCUGUUAAUCCCCCUAACCCAACAAGCCCGCCCUCUAACCUGACCAAUGCUGAGGCCAAUGUGUAGACAACAACAAAACCCUCAUGGAGCAUGUAGACAAAAGAGAACAUUACAAAGGACUUCCAAGAUUUUAAUUGAUUCACCUACCUCCAGGGGCAAUUUGUGAUCAAAACAGAUUUUCCAACCAAUGCUUAAUUUUUCUGUAUUUGUUCAAUCAAGCCAAUGAUGUCUUAUUGUUGGUUUGCGUUCUGAAAACAAAGUCAAAGACUGUUAGUGUUCACCGAUACAACCGUAAUUCCAAGAAAAAAAAAUGUAAACAUACUGUGUAAUACUGUGAGAAGAGAAAAAAAAAACUAUAGAGUUAUAGAUUAGAGAUUUGUUGAAUAUCUUCAUGAAUCAAGUAAAUACCGUGUGAAUAUAGUAGAUUAAGUAGUUAAACAAACUUGACAUCGCAGAAGAAUGCAAGGGAUGUCGUCAAUUUCUUUGAGGAUGUUUACCAAACCUCACACAGUUGUCUCUUUUUCCAAACAUUGCUCUCUGUGAGGUAAAACUAUGAGCCGCAAGGCGAACUGGGAGCUCAGAGUAAGCACAAUGCCAAUAAGAUGUUCAUGUUUAGGAGCAAUCUGGAGAAGUCCAGAGUCUGUUGCAAAAGAUUUUGUGUGUGAGAGAGACUGUUAUUUUUUUCCUUAUUUUUUCAGUGUAAAGAAAAAAAAGAAAGAGAUAAAACUUUUAUGUGAUCAAAGCAUUUUUAGAAUUAUUUUUAGGAUGUUUUAUACUAUGUAUGUUGAAGUGGAGGACCAAAAUCAAUAGGCAGACAAAAGCAAAAACUAUGCCAUUGAGUAUUCGGUUGGCAAAGCACAGGGUACAAAAAAGUACAGUGAACAAAAAAAAAAAGAAGAAGAAGAAGCAGCACACAGUUAGAAAAGUGAUUUGCAAACAUUGACUAUCCCUUAAUGCUGACAGUCAACCCUGUUUACGUUUUGCAUGCUUUCCUCAGGAACAUCAUUGAAAAGUUUCUCAAAUGUCUCCUGAGAAAAAAAAAGAGCAGAGACGGCCUUAAGCCAACGCACCAAUUUCAGCCAAGCUAUAGUCUGUUUACAUGACUGGGCAGGUCUACAAAAUACUAACACUUUAUAUGCUAGCACAAAACAACCGGGACCAACUCUGUGUUUAAGUACAGUCAUAUUUUCUUUUUUUCUAUGUGUCAUGAUCAAUCAUAGUCCGAUCAAUAUGUAUCCAGCAAUACAUAUGUAGAUGUUUUAGGUGCAGACCAGUCAGCAAAGUGGUCUGUUUCUCUUUUUGUUUACGUUGUCUUUGCUUUACUGGGGGAGAGAGAAAACAUUUUUUAAAAAUGAACAAAAAGCACAAAAGCUUUUUAGGUUUUCCCAGACUUUUGCCAUGGCGUGUUAGGACAAUGUGAGUUUGCUUCUAUGGCAGCUACCUUGAAAGGCAUGUGGUUGAACAGAACAUGUUUACUUUGAAAAGCAAAACAACUGAGCGAAAAUGUGAAAUGGCUACAGUUCAUGUCCUGUGAAUUUUGUAUAAAGUUACUCUACCACAGUUUUCUCUGGAAGUUUGUUGUAAAACUGUACCGUGUAAAACAUGUAACUGUGAAUGUCUGUACUACAUUGGAAGUUAUUGUCUAAAUGUUGAAAAAAAAAACAUGGAGUUGCUGUUUUCUGCAAUAAUAUUUUGAUCACAGAAGCUAAAGCACAUGUCUGACAGAGAUAUAAGAAAUGAUUAUGAAAAAUGAAGAUACUGAUGAUUAUAUUAAAAAUAGAAAUUAUGUCUAGUAAAAUAAUAUUGUUUUGUAUAUUUUUAACUGUCUCACUGCCUAAUGUAAAACAUAAUAUAAACAUGAUAUGUAUCUAACUGGUGUCAAAUGAUAAAGCACGAUUGUUAUGUUAUACAAACAGAAAAAGACUGAAAAAAUAAAGAGUUAUAGAUAAAAUAAGCAGAA